AUGGCCCUCGCUGCACCUCGUGCGUCGGAGUCACCCCAUGCCGUCGUCGCUGAUCCCCCAGCGGCACCUGUCCGAAGGCGUAGGCAGGCCUGCGAGAGAUGCUGGAAGCGGAAGAACAAGUGCGAUAAGCUUCUCCCCUCGUGCUCCACGUGCUCGGCUGCCGGGGCCGAGUGUCGCGCCCGGGCAGUAGACGAGACGGGGGUAACCAACACGUCCAUCGCCAGGUACGGGCAUUACCUCCUCCACCCCAUACGGGGCUGCUUCUCCCCGGGCUUGACUAGUUCUGAUGAUGAUCGCGUCAUGUUUAGUUAUGUCGAGUCGUUGGAACUCAAGGUGCAACAGAUAGAGGCAGCAGCAUCGUCUGCUCCUCCUGCCAAGCGGAGGCGGCUCGACAGCGCCGUGAGCCCCCGGCAACAUAUCCGCAAUGCCUCUGUCGUGUAUACGCCCCUAUCGGAGGCCGGGUCGGCGGGGACAAACCCGCAGGUCGCAGACCCCUCGAUCCGGGACACGAUGGGCGAGAUAGGCUUUCUGUCCCGGUCCGCCAUGGCCGAGCCCCGGGACGAGCGCACCAAUCUGCCCCGGAACCUCGCCCUGGAUAGUAUUCUUCAGGCGGCCCUGGCAUUGGACGGGUCAACCCCGCCCAAGACGGCUCUGAGCGCCGCAUACAACUUUGAACCAGAGGGGUCCUCGUCGCCGUUGACCACAUUGCCCCGCGACGUUGCUCUGGCUCAUCUUGAUCGCUUCUUGGAGCGCGUCUGUGUCUUCUAUCCGUUCCUUGACGCACGCAAGCUGAAGAAGCACUAUGAGGACAGCGUCGAGGUGGCCGCGGAUGCCAACGUCGCGGCGCUGCCAGUAGAGAGGUCGCUGUCGUACUUCAGUGCUUGCCUGGCGAUUGCCACCGGGGCGCUGAUGACGUCGAGUAAUCUGAGCUCCUCGGCACUGAUCGCUCGCCUGCGUCAUGCGGCUCUCCGAUGCCUCCCCACCAUCUACGAUAGGAAUAGUCUGGACUUUGUGCAUUGCAUGCUGUACCUGGCCAUCUUCUCGACCCUGAGCCCGAGUGGGGGCUCCUCUUGGCACAUAAUCGGCCUCGCCAUGCGGGCUUGUAUCUCUCUGGGACUGCACAAGGAGCCCGAGGAGCACCUACAACUCACAGAUGCCGAGAUAGACGAAAGGAGGAAGCUAUUCUGGAGCGCUUACCUUCUUGAUCGCUCGAUAUGCCUGUCAUUAGACCGACCUUUCACGGUACAAGAUGAGGACAUUACUGCUGAAGUAACGGCGAAACCGCUCUUUAUUAUGGGUGCCUAUGCUUACAUGAUUGCGCAGGUUCCGGCACGCGAUGAGUCCCUCGAGGAUGGGAAUGCAUCCUUGAUACCUCAUCUUCUAGCACAGGCCCGGUUGGCUUCAAGCAUGCACAAUAAUCCCGAGUCAUCCUUCACAUACAACUACGGAAACUACUACUUUUGGAACCAGCUGCCAGCCAGUCUGAAGCACUUGGCCGAGGGCGAGAGGAUCGUCUCGGACAUCCUGAACCAGCUGGCGUGCCGAACGCUCGUGCUGCUUUUCAAGGCCGCACCAUCCCGGCAAGAUUUGGAGGGCAUCUCAGGGAAUGCAGAUGACGUCGAGGAGGAUGUGAGGCAGACUUGCAAGUGCUUUCUGGAUCGAUGCUACGAGCGUUUUCAGGAGCUACACUGCUCCGGGUCCUUCGUCGAUGCCUACGAUAUGUUCGGCGCGGCCAUGACAUAUAUCUCCCUGUCACGCCGCUCUGCGUCCUCCACCUCGUCGACAUUGGACGUCAUUCACAAGUGUUCCACCUUGAUGACGGUCGCUGGAGAGCGCUUCCCCGUCUUCAGGUCAUUUCAGAGCUGCUUGCUAUCCAUUUCGAUGCAUCUGCAUAGCGGCGGCGAUGCGCUCACGGACCUCGGCGCCUCUAUGUCGCGAGAGAUGAGGUCAAGCUCCGCUGGUCAAAGCAAUUUGGUCAUGCCCUCUGGCUGGCCGCUAGAGGGUAUGGCUCAUCUCCGAUACGCAGGCGCCGAUUUGAUACGGUAA